GGCGGACGCUCGGCCGCCCUGCAGAUAAAUGCGUCGCCUUCUUCGAGAGUGAGCGAGGGCGGGCGAGGCAGACGCAGACGCCGCCUGUGACAGUGGCAGUUCCCUGCGCCCUACAUCACAUUUGUCUGCCACAGCAGCAGCAACAGAAAAGCGGUGGGAGGGAGGCGGGAGGAGCGGUGCUCCGCAAGUCUUGGGCUCUGCGUGGAGGCUGCGUCUGGCUGGCGUUCCUGACCCCGGGCUCCUCGCACCGCAGCUCGUUCGUUGUGCGUAGCGCCGAGCGGCCGCAGGCGCUCCGCGGCGCGACUCCGAGGCCUCGUGGCGAGCGCGCGUGGGCGAGUGGUCCCGGACAUUCUGGCCUUGCGAGGGAAGAGGCGCCGUGCCCUCGCCCCCCUCGCCCCGCGGGCCGGCCGAGACGACGGGAAGUUUUAUUUGCAGCUCGGAGCCGGUUGCGGAUGGUGGGACUCUCCGGCCCUGUGCAGUAUCGGACUGAGAAGCACUCCACGAUGCCAGACUCACCUGUGGAUGUGAAGACCCCGUCUAGGCUGACUCCUCCCACGAUGCCACCUCCCCCAACAACUCAAGGAGCUCCCAGAACCAGUUCAUUUACACCAACAACGUUAACUAAUGGCACGAGCCAUUCACCCACAGCCUUGAAUGGCGCCCCCUCACCGCCCAAUGGCUUUAGCAAUGGGCCUUCCUCUUCUUCCUCUUCUUCUCUGGCUAAUCAACAGCUGCCCCCAGCCUGUGGCGCCAGGCAGCUCAGUAAGCUGAAACGGUUCCUCACUACCUUGCAGCAGUUUGGCAAUGACAUUUCACCGGAAAUAGGAGAGAGAGUCCGCACCCUCGUACUAGGACUGGUGAACUCUACUUUGACAAUUGAAGAAUUUCAUUCCAAACUGCAAGAAGCUACGAACUUCCCACUGCGACCUUUUGUCAUCCCAUUUUUGAAGGCCAACUUGCCUCUUCUACAGCGUGAGCUCCUCCACUGUGCAAGGCUGGCCAAACAAAACCCUGCCCAGUACCUCGCCCAGCAUGAACAGCUGCUUCUGGAUGCCAGCACCACCUCACCUGUUGACUCCUCAGAGCUGCUUCUCGAUGUGAACGAAAACGGGAAGAGGCGAACUCCAGACAGAACCAAAGAAAAUGGCUUUGACAGAGAGCCUUUGCACUCAGAACAUCCAAGCAAGCGACCAUGCACUAUUAGCCCAGGCCAGCGGUACAGUCCAAAUAAUGGCUUAUCCUACCAGCCCAAUGGCCUGCCUCACCCCACCCCUCCUCCACCUCAGCAUUACCGUUUGGAUGAUAUGGCCAUUGCCCACCACUACAGGGACUCCUAUCGACACCCCAGCCACAGGGACCUCAGGGACAGAAACAGACCUAUGGGGUUGCAUGGCACACGUCAAGAAGAAAUGAUUGAUCACAGACUGACAGACAGAGAAUGGGCAGAGGAAUGGAAACAUCUUGACCAUCUGUUAAACUGCAUAAUGGACAUGGUAGAAAAAACAAGGCGAUCUCUCACUGUACUAAGGCGAUGUCAGGAAGCGGACCGGGAGGAAUUGAAUUACUGGAUCCGGCGGUACAGCGAUGCCGAGGACUUAAAAAAGGGCGGCAGUGGUAGCAGCAGCCACUCCAGGCAGCAGAGUCCUGUCAAUCCAGACCCAGUGGCGUUAGAUGCACAUCGGGAAUUCCUUCACAGGCCUGCUUCUGGAUAUGUGCCAGAGGAGAUCUGGAAGAAAGCUGAGGAGGCGGUCAACGAGGUGAAGCGGCAGGCGAUGACGGAGCUGCAGAAGGCCGUGUCAGAGGCCGAGCGGAAGGCGCACGAUAUGAUCACCUCGGAGCGCGCCAAGAUGGAGCGCACUGUGGCCGAGGCCAAGCGGCAGGCGGCGGAGGACGCUCUCGCUGUCAUCAACCAGCAGGAAGAUUCGAGUGAGAGUUGCUGGAAUUGUGGCCGUAAAGCGAGUGAAACCUGCAGCGGCUGUAACACAGCCCGAUACUGUGGCUCGUUUUGCCAGCACAAAGACUGGGAGAAGCACCACCACAUCUGUGGACAGACCCUGCAAGCCCAGCAGCAGGGGGAUACGCCUGCUGUCAGCUCCUCCGUCACGCCUAACAGCGGGGCCGGGAGCCCGAUGGACACACCACCAGCAGCCACCCCGAGGUCGACUACCCCGGGGACCCCUUCCACCAUAGAGACAACCCCUCGUUAGAUGUGCACUCAGAACUGUCAGAGGAAAGACAACACAACCAACGUGAAACCAAUUCCUCAUCCUCAGAUGCUCAAAGUUGUUUUUGUUUGUUUGUUUGUUUAUAGAUGAACUAUCCUGGUUCAGUAUUUCAGCAAGAGAGAACCUAACUGUAUCUUGAGGCGUUAGUAAAACAGAGGGCCAGUAACGGGUCGUAAUGACUUACUGUGGAUAACAAAGAUUUCUUUUCCUUAGAGAACUGAAAAGAGAGCAGAAAAUAUAACAUGAAACGAUAGAUUUGACCUCCUCCUUGUUAUUUUCCAGUAGCUGGGAUUUUAAACUAGAUGACCUCAUUAACCGAUGCUUUACCAAACAGCAAACCAAGAGAUUGCUAAUUGCUGUUGAAAGCAAAAAUGCUAACAUUAAAAGUCACAAUGUUCUUUAUAUACAAUAAUGGAAAAAAAGAGGAAAACCCUCAAGGGCAUGAGCAUUGGCUACAGCAGUAGACAUUUUAACAAGAAGAUGAAUGGCGUCCGUGGGUUGCUAACUGAACUUUGAAGACCCGCCACAAAACGCGCAGAUGUGUAGCAUAUUGGAAGGAGACACAGAUGUUCGGUUUUUUCCUGUUUCUGAAAAGAAAUAAUAUCCAGGUCAACAGAAGGAAAAAUGAAAGAUGAUUUGCAGUGGGAUAUGUGAAUACAGCAGCAAGAAAAAAAUGCCAUAACACAAAAGGCUCCUUUAUAUAUA